AAAGGGUAUUCAUUUUGUUUUGUCGUUCGUUCUCACUUCCAGUCCACACACAAGGCACACGUUUCUGUGUCCCCAAAACUUGUCUUUUAAUCUCUUACCCGUUUUAAUCCCGUCUUUUAAUGCUCUUUUUGUUCAUUCCGAAUAUUCACCUUUCCGUUUUAAUCUAAAUCUGUCCAUCACUUUGUACCAUUGAUUCCAAAUCUAGUUUUGUAUAUGAAAUUUUAGUGCCUUUUUUUUUUUUUUUGGUCCUCUCUACCAAAGGAAUUUACCAAGCUUACACCAAGAACAUCCGAUUCAGCUUUUAGUUUUCUCGCAUAAUGCCUUGGUGGGAUCUGGGAUCGCUUUCUCGCCUUAGAAUCUUCGGUGGCGGCUUUCAGGCUGUGUCAGGCAAGAGGGAAGAGCCAUCUGCCAUUACUAAUGAUUGGGGGCCACCCAUUGACACCCCACUGAUAGAACACAAGACUGAAGAGCCGCAGAGUGGAAUGCAUGAAGUUCAGCUUGGUUCACAUACUGUUAGGUCCCACGGAUUUGUAGUUGCAAGAACACACAUGCAUGAUUGGUUAAUACUACUGCUUCUCGUCUUGCUAGAGAUCAUCUUGUAUGUUAUACAUCCAUUUUAUCGCUUUGUUGGCAAAGAUUUGAUGACGGAUCUCAAAUAUCCCUUGAAAAGUAACACGGUUCCUGCUUGGGCUGUUCCUAUGUAUGCAGUUCUGUUGCCAAUAGCAAUUUUUCUUAUUGUCUAUUACCGAAGGAGAGAUGUCUACGAUCUUCAUCAUGCCGUACUAGGUCUCUUGUUUUCUGUUCUAGUUACAGGCGUUAUCACAGAUUCUAUAAAAAAUGCAGUUGGUCGACCUCGGCCCGACUUUUUCUGGCGAUGUUUUCCUGAUGGAAAGGAUUUUUAUGAUCAUUUGGGGAAUGUUGUAUGCCAUGGUGAGAGCAGUGUAAUUAAGGAAGGGCAUAAGAGUUUUCCUAGUGGGCAUACCUCGUGGUCCUUUGCUGGAUUGGGCUUUCUCUCUCUGUACUUAUCUGGAAAAUUACAAACAUUUGAUCGUAGAGGGCAUGUUGCAAAGUUAUGCAUUGGUUUUCUUCCUUUACUUGUUGCGUCACUUGUGGGCAUUUCUAGAGUGGACGACUACUGGCACCAUUGGCAGGAUGUGUUUGCUGGAGGUCUUCUAGGGCUUACGGUAGCUACCUUUUGCUAUUUGCAGUUCUUCCCACCCCCGUAUCACGAGGAAGGUUGGGGACCAUAUGCAUAUUUUCGGGUGCUGAAGGAGUCUCGUUCGGGUGGACAAGCAACCGGUAUGGUGAAUAUGCAUACUGUGCAGGCCACAAAUUCUGAGGUUGGGAACCAAGAAGAUGAAAAUAGCAGCAAUGGAUUAUUGGGCUUGCAUUUAGCAAACAAUCCACUUGCUUUGACGUUAGGAGAAUUGGAAUCUGGGAGGAGUUAACUGCGUGUACAUUUCGUGCUUUUAGCCACAGCAAAUUACGGGUUAAACUUUGCUCAGCACACGUAUAGGCAUGUAUGCUAUAUUCCUUUGUUCAAACCUUUCGAAAUAGCUUUUGGACUUGGGGUGCAAAAAUCAUAUAAGCUCGAAUGUAUUGGAUCCCAUCAGAACUCCGCAGUCGAGCGAGCGUGCUUGAGUGAGAGUAGUGUUAAAAUGGGUGAUCUCAGAAAUCAUCUUGUUGCAAGUGGUCUGUUUAUGAAGGUUUUACGUGUGACAUAUCAACUCUGUUUGUUUUAUCGAUUUGAG